UAUAGCAACUGGAUUAUUUUACAAAGUAAACCACAAGGAUGUUAGAAAAGUGUAAAAAAAAAAAUAUAAACGGUGUAGAUUAUAUACAAACAAAGCUAGUAUUAUCAAAUCAAAAUCAACGGGUUGGCUACUAGGUCAAGCAAUCUUCUUCAAAUCUUGGAUCUUGUGAGUGAAGGGUUUACAAACCGAAGCAUUUGAGAUUAUGAUAUAGAGGUGUUAAGCUUCUAUCAUUUUAGUCUUGGAUCCAAUUCUGGGAGUAUCAUAUGGCUUCUUUGAACCCAUUUUUGAGCCCAAACUAUGGUGAGAGACCAUGGGUAGAUCAAAUCAGUGAAACCUUAAAAACCCAAAUUGCAAUCACAAUAGAUACACCUCCAGUUUCAAUAUUUGAAAUUCCCAAAAACCUCAAAGCAGAAAAGCUGGAAGCUUAUGUCCCUCAACAAGUCGGGCUUGGGCCGAAUCAUCAUUUUCAGCCUGAGCUCUAUCACAGGAUGGAGCAGAAGAAGCUCACAGCCGUGAAAAGCGUACUAAAGCCACAUCAAGUUCAUGACUAUGAACAAGAAUUUGUGGAAAAGGUCAAAAAGAUUGUCCCCUUGGUUCGCGAUUGCUACGAUUUUUACCAUGAUGCUGAUGACAAUAUGUUGGCAUGGUUAUUCACUAUUGAUGGAAUGUUCUUAAUUCAUCUGUUAAAUGCUUAUUCAAACGGAGAUUUUGCUGUGAAAACAAAUGAUUUGAUCAUGUUAGAGAACCAGAUUCCACUUAUUGUGUUGAAGGAAAUCCAGAAGGCCUUAUUGGGUCAAGAAGAUAUCUUGGAAUCCAAUUUCCGAUUUUUCUGUAAGUCAAGCUCAUCAUUUGUUCUUUCCGAAGAAUAUAUCGACUUUAAUCGCGUUAACCACCUACUUGAUUAUAUGUAUAAAUCCAUUGUGAACAAUGAGAGAUUGAUCCCAAGAAAAGUAGAGUUCACUAAUUCUGGAAAGGAGUCAUCUGAAAAGGAUGCAAAGCUGGAACUACUAAAAGCUAUUAUCAGAUUUGCGGGAGUGAUACCUGGGGCUCAAUCUUUUCAACAAUUCAUACAGAAAAAGUUAUCUCAAAACGAAAAAACUACAGCUGAAGAGAUUAAGGUGCCUUCAGUUUCCGAACUUCACAAAGUUGCGGGCGUGGAGUUCCGUUUGUCACCUAAAAAUGAAGGCAUCAGAAACAUAAACUUUGUCCAAGGAAAAGUGCGGUAUUGUUAUCUCCCUCUGAUGACUCUUAAUAGAGAUUCAGAGGUUGUACUGAGAAACUUGGUGGCUUAUGAGAAACUAAUGGCAAAUGACAGUUUUAUGGGUGAAUAUGGUCUUGAGCUCACUGAAUAUGUAGAUUUCAUGUGUGGGAUAAUCGACUGCGCGAAGGACGUGAAGUUGCUACGCGAGCAGAAAAUCAUCGAAGGCGAUUUGAGUGAUGAGGAUAUUGUUAAAUUGUUUAACGGGAUUGGGAAAUCGCGUCUAAAAAUGAGAGGUGAAUCUGAGUUGAGGAAGACAGUGGCUCAAUUAAACAUGGUUUACGAAAGCACCCCAAGGAUUCGGGUUCAAAGGUUGAUUGAGAAGCAGUUUCUGGUCUGGGCCAAGUUUCUCACGUUCCUCGUUAGCAUUUCGAGCGCGGUGAUCUUCAUUCGUGAGGUGUACUUGAUGGUUCACGGUUUGAAUCCAUCCAACAUUAUGUUGGCUCGUAUUCUUCGGGCCAGAUUCAGUGGUUUACUCCUUUUCUUCUUUGGUCCAAGUGGACCGAGGGCAGUUGUCUAAACAUUAGUUAUAUCUAAUCUUUGUUGUUUAGUUAUAACCCAUUGCAUUAUUAUAUAUUGUAAUUGUAAACUAUAUGCAGUUACAUUUUAUACGUAUGAAAUAUAUCAAAGGAAUUGCAUUAGACCA